AUGAAAGCAGUGGGUGGGAGUCUUCGAUAUACAACACUUGUCUGCAUAGGAUUGUAGUAUAAUCACCAUAUUGUCUUCUUUUCUAAUUUUUAUACAAUGGAUAAUAUCAGCACUCAAAUUAGAUGGUUGAACUCAAAAUGUGCAAGUUAGUACAUUUUUUGCUUCUUUUGCAAUAUUAAUUGCAAGGUUUAUUUCCUAUAGGUGAAAUUUGCUUCAAAUUAUCCUUUCAAAAAUUUACAGGAUUCAAAAAGUUCCAAAUCAAAAUUCUCUUUCUGUCAAACUGCAAAAGUUUGUGUGUUCCUUUCCAAUUUGAGCUCUGAUAUCCAUAAAUCCGAACGAAUUUUGCUACCAGUUGCAUAGGCAUAUAAGAUGGUCAGGGGACAAUGCAAGUGACACAACAUUGCCCUUACUAACGACCUAUGAAUACUAGAUUGCAAUUGAAAAAGAUUUUUAUUUGUAGGGUAGAGUAACACCCUUCCCUACAAGGGUUGGGCCUUGGUGGUGGUGGGGGGACACCCCUGUCUAUAUCUUUUAUGCCUAUGCAAAUUUCAAUUGAAUUCAAAGAAUUUGUUGCAGCAACGAGUUUCUAUAAAAGCUUUUAAUUUUGCCGUUUUUGACAGCCGAAACAAAAAGCCAAAGCAUUUUUCCUCGCUUGAAAGUCUGGGUUUAGGCCAAAAAAAUGUUUGCUUGAGUCCAGAAAAAAAUUCAUUGAGACUGAAAGAAUUUUUAGUAAAAAAGGCCAAACACUCUUUAGUUUGACAAAAAAAACUUUGAAAGUAACUCGUUCUUGCAAAACCCCGAAAAGCGCACGCGUUUUUGUGGCAAUUCUUGUUGUUCACGCCAUAUGAUUCCCAUGGGUGUGACGAGUGACGCCAACUGGCUUUCGGAAUCUAUUGAGUGCUUCAAAAAAGUUGCAAAAAAUUUACCAAACUCGUAAACAAGUGACGUCAGACAAGUUUUUCUCCGCUUUUUCACUCGAAAUUCACUAAAAAAUUUUCAAAACUUUUUGUUUUAACUUUUUUUUGAAGAUAGCGAAGUAAACGAACAAAUAUUGCCACAAAAAUGCCAAUAGUAGGCUAUUAAAGCUAGCAGUCAUAUAUACUAGCAGUAGACCACAGACGCCGCGGCAGACGCCGCGACUUAAGACUUCAAAUGGUUUCAUGAAAGUUUUGAAGUCAAAAUUGAACCGAAAACAUGCAAUGAAAACACAUAAAAAUGAUUAAAAGCAUACCUUUUUGUAGCCUUGGACGACAGUAACACUGGAACUGCUUCUAGUUGAUGCAAAUUGCUUCGUUCUAAAUAAAAAAGACCCAAAUUAACUCGAGAUAAUUCAUAAUUGUAACACUAAUCCGCUAAUUUCUUACUUGAACGGCGAAAAAAUUCACAACUGAAUUCGAAACAAAAAUUGAGCAAAAAAACCUGAAAAAACCCCGAUUGAACUCUUACCUCAGCUGGUUUAAUCGAUGUAGGCUUUCUUAAUUCUACAAAAAAGGCAAAGAAAAAACAUUUUAGCACGAAAAAGCGAACAUUUUGACGCGCGCUUUUCACAAACAACAAAGUCAAAGUCAAGACUUUCCCAAAAUUUUACCUUUGAACAACUUUUGAACUUCUUUUGAACCAUUUUCCAAGCUUUCUGUACCUGAGAAAGAGCAAUAGAAAAAAUAUUCAAGCAAAGUUGGUUGGGCGCCCGCACUUCGUUCAAAAAUAGGGCAAAAGAUUAAAAAGAAAAGCUAAGAAACGUAAAUACAUACCUUCCGUAUUAAAGCAACAGUUCGUUACGAAAUAAUUUGAUAUCUACUUGCAUUUUUUCUUCAUUUUCAGUUUAUUUUUUUGCAAGAACGCGGUAGAAAUGACCCUUCGUGAACGACGCUUUCCAAGUUCUGCCAAAAGAACCACCUGCCACCAGCAGCGCUACUGACACAACUUUGGGCGGGAGAUGCAAUGUCGACUUCUGAUUGGCUACUAGUGAUGACGUUGGAAUCGUGGCCUCACGUUCGGAGAGCUACGAAAUUUUUAGUUUGGGUUUCGGAAGGGUUCGGAUUUCCAGCGAGCUCCAUAUAUGACUGGAUUGGUCAUCCUCCAGCCGCAUGGCAGAAUAUGGCAGGCGUUUCCUGCAGGCUAAAUUGCCCGCAUCUGAGACCCACCCAUAUAUAUAUAGUACAUUAACAUGAAGUAACCAAAGGUAUGCGAUAAUCUGUGGGCUCAUGUUAUUGUCAAAUUCAAAUAUGACUUUAUCGAGGAUUUUAUAUUAACGUUUGAAUUUUUUUGUUUUUGGAGAGAGAUUGUGCCUUCUUUAUGAUGUUUCAAAGCUGAUUGGAAGACAAGGUAUUGUAAUGUACAUAUUGUAGUUAUUUAUACUGCUUUAUUGGCUAGAAUCGUGCGAAUAAUGGGUGAUUCCAGGCUUCCAGCUUAAAAUCCACCACCACACCUAGAAAGAGCAUCUUAAAAUGAGUAAAAGUGCAAAGUUUGGUUGCGAAAUGUGGUAAAGGGAAGAAAAUAUAGCUCUGUGAAAUACGCGCGGUAAAAAUAACUUUCCGCUCAAAAAUGGUCAUUUUCAAUUCCCGCGCGUAUUAUAUGCAAAUUUAUACAAAAUUUGCGAACUUCACAGAGUUAUAUUAUCCUCAUUUUACGACAUUUCGCAACCAAACUUUCCAAUUUCACUCAUUUUGAAAUGCUCUUUCUAGGUGUCGUGUUGAAUUUCGUUCUUCUCGUCUAGAUCAAAAUUUCGUCCAUAGCUGGAAUGCCUGGAAUCACCCAUUGCUGGAAAAGGUUUUUGAAAAUGGGUCAAUUUUUUAUUUAUAAAUUGUUAUUUUCUUUAUUGUUUUGAUUAGUCCAGUUCACAGAAUUUAUUUUACUUUACCUGGAAUGAUGACACUCAGUUAUUUGGCAGUUAAAAAGUGAAGCCUCAUGUGAGCAGUGCGUUAGCCCUCCACGCCAUAUAGUAUGCCAGUUUCAGUCUCUUUAUACGCCGUUACCACACUGUCCAUCACCACAUAGUAUGUCAGUUUCACUCCCUUAAUUUAUACGCCAUGACCGCGCGUCUAUCAUGAACAGUGAACUGUAAAUAACUGGUGAUUCACAGUGAACGGUUAUUUACGGUUCACUGAUCACAAAUCAGCUUGCGUUUGUGAACUGGCAUUGGCAUUGGCUUCACAUUUCUCCCGCAUGUUAUUGUUCCAGAUAAAAGACAUGGAGUUCACUGGUAUAGAUUUGUUUAUUUUUGUAUGGGAAAUUAUGAGAUAACCACCUGGUAUUCGUCACCAUACCCCCAGGAAUACACAUAGUAAGUACGACCCACAAUUUAUAUAUUAAAGCUAAAAUAAUCCUGAGCCUCCACACAUCUUUAUUUUAGACAAGUUUGCCAAACUUUACCUUUGUGAAUUCUGCCUCAAGUCCAUGAAGAGUACCAUAUUAAAGGUACAGUAUGACCUUCUGCAUUGACAACUAACUUUAUUUAUAGUGGAUAUAGCUUUAUCAGUUCUGAACUGUUCUUCCUAGAGGUCCAGCAAAAAUCAUCUCUUAAUUAUUGAUCCAAUGUUAGCACAAGAGGAAACCUAAACUACACUAACUUUAUUUAUACACGACAGCUCUAUCAGUUAUAAACUGUUCUUCCUAGAGGUCCAGUAAGUGUCAUCUCUUAUUGAUCCAGUGUUACUACAGGAGGAAAUCUAAACGGAACUAACUUUAUUCAAACUGCAUAGCUCUAUCAGUUCUUUUGGUGGUGAAAUUUCAUAUGUUCUCAUGUUUUGUAUUUAUCAUUUCUUUUGUAAAGAUUUACUGCCAAAACCUGUGUCUGUUGGCCAAAUUAUUCCUGGAUCACAAAACUCUUUAUUAUGACGUCGAGCCGUUCCUAUUCUAUGUGUUGACAUUAAACGACAGAAAAGGUUGUCAUCAUCUUGUUGGCUAUCUUUCUAAGGUAAGAAAAUAUUAAAGUGACUAUGCAAAAAUGUUUUUAUAAUUGAAUUGCAAAGUUCAUUUAAAAUCAUAAUGUAACUUCUUUUCUAAAACUUUGUUAUGUUUUCUGUAUGUCAAGAUUUUCGACUUUGUUUGAUAUACAAAUGUGAGUUGAAUGACGUCAUGCUGCAUAAUGAGUUUUUAUAAAGAAAACGUUUCCUUGCCAAACAUAUUACCAGGGGGCGGAGGGAAGACUAUCCUUUUCGGGGGGUGCAAGACAACUUUUUGCCGACAAAAGGGGGCGUGGCUAGCACGUUGUUAGGGCGUGGUCAAAACAAACCGUAUUCAUUUUUAAGUGAUGUACCACGAUGAAAUCCGAGUAGUAUGAUAAUUUAUUUUUAAAAUAGGCGAAAUAGUUCCUAAAAUACAUGCUAUAAAUGUCAAAAAAGCACAUCCAAUCGUCAUCAAACAACCGAUUACAAACUAAACACGUCAGUUUCUCUCUCUACUGUCCAUACGUUUAAAUCAUCUUCGUAUUUCUCAUUGUAUAUAAGACCGUUAGGUGUUAUUUCUAAGACCUUUACUGGCUUUACAACAUUAUGAAAUGAAGCGCAAACGCAUCAACAGUCAACACGCACAUGUGCUUCGAGUUUCCUAUGGUAUCAUAUUUCACAAAAUUGCAAGAAAAUAUAAUACUAAUACAGUAAAUAGCGUAUUAGUGUAAUAAGUUCUUGGCCAAUUUGGUGAAUGUUCGGAAAAGGGCCGAGCUUUCAGUCGACAUAUCCAUCUUUUCGAUCUCGCAUUUUCUACAAAUUUUCUACAAAUUUUCUACAAACAAUCUCUCUCCAAUCAGGUACUGCCUAUUGACUUGAUUCAAUUCAUUUUGCUGACAACUGAUUUAUUGUGCCGACGGACACAGCAUUGGGGGGGGGGGGUGCGGCACCCCCCGCACCGCCCUUAGCUACGCCCCUGCAUAUUACUUCAUCUUAUGUGAUAAUUCCACUGACAUUGAAAGUUAUAUACUUUAAGAACAUCAAAGUUAUCAUUUUAUCUGCAAAUUUGAGUUAAUUUAAUGACAAUUCCUAAUCAUCUUCGUCUAAAUUCGCGAGCGGUGAUGAAAAGUGCAAACAGACAGUAGAGCCCCCCAGCUGUUGUUAUAUGUUAUAACAUGCAUAUUGAUGGCAUUGGUUUCAAAAUUUGCUUUCAAAUUAAACAUCUUCAACAGUAAUAAGUAAAAUCAUGGUCAUACAUCGACAAUUUUUGGGUAAACCACAUUUUAAUGAACUUUAAUCUUUAAUACAGUACUUUAUUGUGCAUAUAUAUCGUAUUUAAACUAAAUUAAAGCUUGUAAUAUUUUUACAAAUUAUUCAUGUAUCACUCGCAAUGUAAAAACAAAACUGUCAAUUAUUAUCAUAUAAGAUUGCGCAUUCAAAUCAUAUUCUUCAUUGCAGUUCACCAUUGAUUAAUGUGCUUUGUAUUUCUGUAUUAAGUAAAGCUUAUUCAUACUCUAGUGGCAGUGCAGUUCACCAUUGAUUAACGUAUAUGUGCUUCGUACUUCUAUAAUCUAUAUACUAUAUACUAUUCUAUAUAUAUUUCUAUAAUCUAUAUACUAAGCAAAGCGCAUCCAAAUUCCUGUGCUUCAUAUUUCUAUACUAAGUAAUUUAAAGCUUAUACUAAAAGCUUAAACGUUAUCCCAAUGUCUACUUUCCGUUUCAUAUGAGCAAGCAAAAAUCUCACAAGUUGUUCCAGACUUGCAACUGAUUUACAAAAUGUGAGAUGCUUUCCUUUGUACGUGUUCUUCAUAUUAUGUGCGAUCUUUUCGGACAUUCAACUCAACACAUUGAUUCUCAACACAGCACUGUUUGGAAUGAUAACAUGUCUUCUUCUCGCAAAUUUGUGCACGUGUGUGAGCUCCUGCCUCUAGUUUGCGACACUCACCGAUGCAUGUGUGCGCGCGACUCGCGCAAAUGGGAUUGGACAGGUUCGGAGGGAGGUUACGAUCAGGGCAGGACCAAAAUGUGUUCCUACAUUCUUCACAGCAAUCGUAUGUGGGCUUGUGCAUAAGAGGGCCAUGGCCCAAAUUCAAUAUUCCGACGGUAAAGCAUGACUCAACAGGAAGCCAAUCUGUAUUGAGAGAAAAAACAAAAAUGAAAACAGUUGUUGCGAAAAAAGCUCCGAAUAAAAGUUUUUGAAACUCAAUAUUUGAAAAAAACAAAUUCAUUAUCAGACUGAGCCAUAAUCGUACGCCUUUGGCACGUUCAAUAUUUGUCAUUUCCUUAAUUUUUUGAAAUGAACGUAAAACAGUCAAGACUGUUGAUAAAACCGGGAUUCAAUACUUGACUUGAAGCCAAAUGGCAAAUAAUGAAAAAAAAAACCCCCUUUUCUUGGUUUUUGCACAUGAAUUUGGUCCCAUUCAAGCAAGCUUCAAUUUGUCUGUCACAGCGGAUUUGGACUCCCCGCGGAUAUGGGCCCCCCGGUCCAUAUCAGCUAGCGGAUUCGGACCCCUACG